GACGAAAAGAAAGAGCGAGAAGAAAAAAGUUGCCAAAUCAAAAUGGUCACCGAGCCGAAGUCCGUUGAGCCCAAGGUCAGCACCAAGGAGGCGCAGUGCCAGUCAUCGGACUGCGAGACUUCCCAGCAGGAGCCGGUCUCGCAAGUAAGCAGCCCGAAGGGCGCCCGUGUGGGGAUCUUCAAUGCCGAGGACUUCUUCUCGCGUGCUCAGAUGAACGACAAAAUCAACAACAUCUUGCGCUCGCCCACCAGGCCGCCCAACGGGGUGCGCCAGCGCUCCGUCUACACCAACAACCCAUCGCCGCAAGCAAGCUUGCGUGUCGGCAUGACUGGGGGGCAGCUGACCCAACGCAUGAGCAACAUCUCGCUGUCCUCCGGCACGGACUCCGUGGGCCACAUGGAUCGCGGCAGCAGCUCCAGUCUCGCUAGCAGCGCCACCGUUGGCACCAACACCAUCACCAGCGGCAUUUCCAAGGAGUGCGCCAAUUACCCCGUCGGCAGUCAGUCGGCCCGUCCAUACGUCCAACUGCCGGGCAUACACAUUUCCAACCCUCCCCAGUACGGGCCAGGGAAUAUGCAGGAAAUAGACGCUGGCAAAAUGGCGCACAACGGCAAGGCACUCACAGGGCGCUACAAUGCCACGCCCACCUAUGGCUUCGACAACGAGCAGAACUACUGCCUGUUGCCGUCUCCUAUGCCCCCUCCACCAUACGCCUUGGCACGCGUGAGCAGCACACGCAACUUCGAGCUCGAGAACCACACACCGCCGGCAUGUCCCGGCUCUGGACCCAUUGCCAUGACGAACGGCACCAUCCAGUUGCGCCUCCGCGAUGGCGUGCGCAUUGACAUGACUCUGGACAAGGCGGUGCGCGUGCUCAAUCAGCGCAGCAUGGUGGCAGUUGCUCUAUCACGCAACUGCAGCAACUCGGCUUUGAUCCACCCCAAUGGACGCAUCUUGCAGAGCGGCGCUAAAGUCGAAAUAGUCACCUACGACGGCAUGAAGGGCAAUAAGUGUGAGUGGGAAUGGCCCUUACCCCAACGUGGCAUCUUUUGA